AUGUCAGGAAUUCCACUCUUUAAUGUACCAAAUACCAAAAGGGCGUUCAAUAGUCCUGCCCUUCCAUCCUUGUCCAUUCCAGAAAGCCACAAUAAUACAAAACCACCGCGUUUACUGCUAAAUACCAAUAACACCAAAACAAAUAGUGACUGUUAUAAAUCGAUAAACAACAACCUCAACAACCUCAACAACAACCUCAACAACAACAACAAUGAUGCAUUUGAAUCUCAUUUUGCUCAAGCAUUGAACUUGAAUCAGGUUGAACAUAGAGAUGACUUCACUGCACCGAAAAAUGUAGACAAUCAAACCACAUUUCCCGCAGUCCCACCACAAAGACCACAAAUAGUCAAUGUCAACUCGACUUCUUCGUCAUCGUCUAUGUCUUCAACCACACCGGUAACAGCACAAUCAAUUGCGUCAUCAUCAAGCUCAACAAAGCUUAAACGGAAACCACCUCCACGCUCAACCACAGAUCAUUCUCAACAAAUUGGAAAUGAGGGCCAUGAUGGAAAACUAAAAGCAAAAGAACAAAGGAAUAAAGAAGAGGAAGCAGAAGAUAGAGAAGAAGAAGAAGAAGAAGAAGAAGAAAAAGAUGAUGACAAUGACGAUGACGACGACAUGAAGGACGAAGAAAAUUGUGAAAAGGGCCAAAAAGGGGAAGAUACAGCGGUGAGGAGCAAAGAGCAAGAAGUGGAAAUAAGUGGAAACAAUACCCUUGAAACUAGGCCAAAUUACGAAAAUAUUGACAAUAGGGCACGCAAUCCUCUGCCGAUUGCCAAUAAUAUACGCAAAUACAUGUAUUUGGAGGAUAUUAAACCGUACGAGUGGCACUAUUUGGCCAACAAUAACCAAAUAAAAAAAGUUGGGAGUUUGGGUGAAGGAAAUGGAGGAGCAGUAACAAAAUGCUAUAUACUGCAAAUGCCUACACGACCACUCUUUGCGUUAAAACUAAUAAUCACAGACCCUGAACCGCAAAUACAGAAACAAAUUUUUAGAGAAUUAGAAAUCGCUCGCAAAUAUCAACAUCAAAACAUUGUAAAGUACUAUGGUACGUUUCUACAAGAAAAACAGAGCAUGAUUGGAAUCACCAUGGAAUAUAUGGACGGUAAAUCAUUGGACGCGAUAUACAAGGAAGUUCUCAAACGUGAUCCUACAAAUCGUAUCAAUGAAAAAGUAUUGGGCAAAAUAGCCAACUCGAUCCUCAAUGGUUUAGACUAUCUACAUCUGAAAAAUAUUAUUCACAGAGAUAUUAAACCCUCAAAUGUCCUCCUAGACACCAAGGGAGCGGUAAAACUAUGUGACUUUGGCGUUAGUGGAGAAGCAGUUAACUCACUCGCAUCGACAUUUGUAGGAACACAAUACUAUAUGGCACCAGAAAGAAUUAUGGGUAAAGAUUAUUCGAUAUCUAGUGAUAUAUGGUCAUUGGGCAUGUCAAUGCUUGAAGUGGCAAAUGGUAAAUUCCCCAUAGAUUUAAGUUUAGGCCCAAUCGAAGUUGUGGAGAUGGUACUGAGAAGCGAACUACUUCUUAAAGACUCGGAAAUAGACAAUAUCCAUUGGACAUUUGAAUUCAAACGAUUUAUAUCUAGAUGUCUUAUUAAGGACAGCAAAAGAAGACCCAUUCCAAGAGAAAUGUUGGCACAUGACGAAUGGUGCGUUUCUCAACUGAAGGAAAAAGUUAAGAUGGACAAGUUUGUCAAAGUCGUUUGGAAAUUGAAUGAGUGA